UAAUAAUGAACAAUCAACCCUACGUUCUUCCGGUAUGGGUUUGUUCUGGCCUUACCGCUUAGAUAACUAAGCCUGUUUUUCUGCCGGCAGAAUCUCUUAUCGCGCUCACCGCCUUUGAGGCACCUGCCAGCCUCCAGCCCGAACCCUGACUUGGUCCAUUCGCAAUUAAAUACUGGGCAUAUCUCUUUUAUCCGGGGAGACUCUGAGUGCGGCAUGCUACUAGUCUGUUAAAUCCCAUUGAAUUUGCUAUCCCAAUUAAAUAUUAUUGAGGAUGGCCGAUCCUCCAAAUCGCAAACUGGUGCAGACCGUGCUCAAUCUCCACCCGGAGCGGAGACGGGAUCUCGGGACCUCCCGCUCCCCAUAUUUCGUCCGCCAGUCCCCAAACGGCGAUGUAGCAAACGGCCUUUCGAAUGACUCCCAAGACAGGAUGGAGGAUAUACAACCUACUCCACCCAGACUGCAGUCACAGGAGGUAUCCAACAUCAGCACAUCCACAGAUUCAAGCUACGACGCGGGCCUAGAGCGGAAACGCGCAAUUCAAGCCCGCCGCAAGGAACUCUCCGCCAUAGCUGCUGAAACCACCUCCUUACUCCCCAAUAUCCUUGCCACCGCUCCUCAUGCCCCUCCGAAGGGAUACCUGUACGCCCCUCCACAGCCGCCCCGCCUCUCCCAUCACUUCUGUCCGAACCUUCCUCCCACUGCCAUCCGCAUCCACGACGCAGACACCUUCGACACAGCCAUUGGCUUAGAAGAAUGCUCCAAGUUCAUCACUAUUAAGGACAAAAAGCCAGUAUGCGUGCUGAACAUGGCAAAUGCGCACAAUGCAGGCGGAGGCUGGAAGCGGGGGGCUUUGGCGCAGGAAGAAGCGCUCUGUUAUCGAAGCAGUCUCAGCUUCUCUUUAAAGUUACGCUAUUAUCCGCUUCCGGAGAUGGGGGCGAUAUACUCCCCGACAGUGCUAGUGAUUCGGGCAAACAUGGAUGAAGGCGAGCAUAAGCUGCUCGAUUUGUCGCAGCCGGACAAGCUGCCCGUUGUCAGUGUGAUUAGUGUAGCAGCGCUCUGUGUACCAGAUGUUAGGACGAGGGAAGUGCCAGGAUUGGGAGUUAGGCAGGUUUAUAAAAACCCUACCGAUCGCGAAAUCAUGAAGGAGAAGAUGAGAGUGGCUCUGCGGACUGCGGUAGUGAAUCAACACCGGAGAUUGGUGUUGGGGGCCCUGGGUUGUGGAGCGUUCGCAAAUCCGAAGGAGGAGGUAGCGGAUUGUUGGGCUGAGGUCUUUCAGGAACGGGAAUUCAGUGGUGGGUGGUGGGAAAGUAUCAUAUUUGCUGUGAUGGAUGAUCGGGGUGAGGGGGAAGACGGGGACGGCAAUUUUGGGGUGUUUUAUCGAAGACUAAAUGGAGUGCUUGUUUAAGGUUGAUAUGUAUACCCAGAUACCCUUGAUUCAUAGCAGGGGAUAGUUUUGCGCACUCCUCUAUUAUAGAUCGUCUUGUGUUUUAUAUCGACGACUAACCAACGAAAGAAAACACGGACAAUAGAUGAGGGGAGAUGUUCAGCCAUGGGCAGGCAAACUACUGAACGAAGGAUAUAUGGCUCACGAAUUAUGAAAUAGCGAAACCGGCUAACGUCUCGAUUAUUGUGCUUUGAUUUAUCAAAUAUGCAACUGAAUUCUUCCCUGAUUACUUUCUUGAACGUAAGGAUCUCCCGUGCUUGGGGGCGGAUGGCGCUUCAGUCUGAGCUGCAACCUCCUUUUCAUUUUUUACCGUUGGUUCAGCCCUUGACUUAGUCGUAGCUUUCUUGGUGGUGGAAGGUUUCUCGUCGUCAUUCGCCGCUCCUCUGCUUAGCUUCUUUGUAGUAGCGACUUUCUUCUUUUUAGGGGGCGGUGGCUCAUCGAUCUCCGUAGCCUCAUCUUCCACAUCUCCUGCAACUGGACCUGUCCUUUUCUGUACAGAUGGUACUACAGCACUGGUGCGACCACCAACGGUAAUGAAAACGAUUUUGUCGCCAUUGGGUAGCCUUUGCGAAUGCUUCUGCUUCCCCUUAGUCCACCGAUGUUUGAACAGCCAGUCGGCUGGAAACUUUUCGGAAUCCCCCAGGAGAUCAACGGAAGUUGAGCAUACAUAGCUGAUUGCCGAAUGGAGCUGUUCGAUCUGGCCCUGUUCGAUGGUGUUGCUGUACUGCUCUGGGUGGAUUUUGGCAUGGUACAAUAUUUCGUCUCUGGUAGUAGAAAGAUUUUGGUCAGUUAGAUUACGCUCCGUCAAAAAGGCAAUGGGUAUAUAUAUGUGGAGCGAACGAACCCCAUCCAAUUUCCA